CCAAGAUACAAAGAAAUGCUAAAUCCAGAGGUGGAGUGUUGUGGCUGAUGAAUUAACAAAGCAACUUAACUGUUUGGAUUUUGUAUCAAAUAUGUCAAAUUCCUUUCCACCUACAAAUAUGGUAUAUACUAUGGUAGGGUGAUUCAUUUUUGCAUACUACGUUUCCCCUACCUCUAGCUCUAUCUCUCAGAAGGAUAGGACACAGUCAUUAGCCAUAAACUAAAGGACCCUAAUAAUAUGCUCAGCAUAACAUCCUGGAAAGAACUUGCACUUUCAUUGCUUUUCUGCGCGUUGGUUUCUCAUUCUUUUGCCUACACUUUCACCAUUACUAACAACUGCCCUUACACGAUAUGGCCUGGAACAUUGUCUGGUUCCUCAUCACCUCAUCUUUCGACAACUGGCUUUCAAUUGGAUGCUGGUCAAAGCCUCAGAAUUCCAAGUCCCGCUGAAUGGUCAGGUCGCAUUUGGGCAAGAACUGGCUGCACUUUUGAUGCGUCUGGUGUUGGCUCUUGUCAAACAGGUGACUGUGGUGGUAAACUUGAAUGUAAUGGCCUUGGCGCAACACCACCUGCCUCCCUCUUCGAGAUAACUCUGGGUAAGGGAGACGCCAAAGAUUUCUAUGAUGUCAGCAUUGUUGAUGGUUAUAAUCUGCCAAUGGUUGCAGUCCCACAGGGAGUCAAUGGUGGAUGCAAUGCCACUGGUUGUGUUUCCAAUCUUAACAUGGGUUGUCCAAAAGAACUUCAAGUGGUGGGUGGAGAAGGACAAGGAAAUGUUGUAGCAUGCAGGAGUGCAUGCGAGGCUUUUGGUUUAGACCAAUAUUGCUGUGCCGGAGAGUUUGCCAAUCCGACAACUUGCCGUCCAUCAUUCUAUUCCAGCAUCUUCAAAAGAGCUUGUCCAAGGGCUUAUAGCUAUGCAUAUGAUGAUGGCACCAGCACUUUUACAUGCAAGGCUUCCGACUAUACAAUCAUCUUCUGCCCCAUGAAUGGGGUGAAGAGACCCGACGGUGGAGAAACAACUCCACCUAUUGAUGAAAGUAAAAUGGAGAAGUUCCCAGGAGUGGCCUCAUCGUCAAACAUUCUCCUUCUCUUCCCCGUGCAUAUUGGGCUGAUAUUUCAGUUUAUAUCUCUAUAAAUGAGUCUACAGCAUAAAUCAGGAUAUGUUUUGGCAUAACGAGAGAACGGAGCAGAAUUUGAUUGACUUAUGACAAGGUAAGGAAUGUUAUCUCGAGAAAUAGCUGGGCAUUCCUGAGGAAACUUGUACCAAAACCAAUACAAAUGGCAGCCUAUUUACAAUAUAGAUAGUAUAUUUUACUACAACAUUAUUCCUCUUUAUUUGAUU